AUGGCGACCUGGGGUAGUUUUGUCGAGGAGUUCCAACGGAACUACUUUCCCGCUUAUGCGGAGGAGGAAACUCAUGACGAGCUGAAGAGUCUCAAGCAGAAAGGUGGUGUGCGUGACUACAUCAAGCGGCUUUCGGAGUUGCUGCUCCAAAUCCCCUCGAUGAAUGAAGUUGAGGCGUUUCACCAGUUCAUGGGCAGUCUCAAGCCAUGGACAAAGCAAGAGUUGAAGUGGUACAACGUGGGAAAUCUCACUACAGCCAUGACCGUAGCCGAGUUGCUCGUGGAGUACAAGGCGUCGCCUUCUACAUCCCGACCAGACACUUGUCCAAGGGACAAAGGCACUAGUGGGGGAGAUCGGGGGAGAUACAACCGCCCGAUCGGAGGUAGACCACCACCAGCUGGUCCUCAUCCUCAUUGGGCUCAUGCGAGGCCAAAUGGAGGAGGGCAAAGGAAGAUCAAGGCCAAGAAGGCGAAGGAGCCUAAAGGCUUGAUGUUCGCGGACGUGAAGAUCGGAGUGACCACAAUGAGUGCACUCGUGGACAUGGGAGCAUCCGAUAUCUUCAUCUCGAAAGAAGCUGCAAAGAAACUUAACCUACGAGUUGAGAAGGGAGCCGGUUGGCUCAAGAUGGUGAAUUCGAAAGAAGUCCCUGCGAUCAGGGUUGUAAGGGACGUGGAGCUACAACUCGGAUCAUGGAAAGGCAAAGAAACUCUAGAGAAUUGUCAAUUCAUGAUUCCAGUCCAUCAUGAGUCGGACCGUGAUCGGAAGAUGAUCUCGGCCAUACGACUCACCAAGGGAACAAGGAAGGGUGAAGUGACCUUCUUGGCGGCCUUGAAGAUCGAGGACAACAAGGGUGAAGGGAAGGAAGUCCCAACGGAAGCAACCCAAGUCCUCGACUCGUUCAAGGAUGUUAUGCUUUCGGAGCUGCCGAAGAAGUUGCCACCCAAGAGAGGGGUGGAUCACCGAAUCGAGCUAUUGACCGUGAAGAACAAGUACCCCAUCCCACUCAUCGCGGAUCUCGUCGAUCAACUUGGUGGAGCUCAGUGGUUCACCAAGCUGGAUCUCCGAUCGGGCUACUAUCAAGUUUGGAUCGCUGAAGGGAAUGAGCCGAAGAUAGCCCGCGUGAUGCGGUACGGAUCCUACAAGUUCCUCAUGAUGCUGUUCGGCUUGGCCAACGCUCUGGCCACUUUCUGCACAAUGAUGAACAAGGUACUCCACCCUUUCCUAGAUAGGUUUGUAGUGGCUUACCUAGAUGAUAUUAUGGUCUAUAGUCGGACGUUGGAGGAGCAUGUCAAACACCUAAGGCAAGUCUUCCAAGUCUUGCGCGAGAACGAGCUAUAUGUUAAGCGUGAGAAGUGUGCUUUCGCCCAAGAGAAAGUUUCGUUCUUGGGGCACAUCGUCGGAUGUGGGCAAGUGCGAAUGGACAAGGCGAAGAUUCAAUCGAUUAUCGAAUGGGAACUGCCAACGGAGGUGCUAGCGUUGAGGUCAUUCUUGGGCCUCACCAACUUUUACCGGCGGUUCAUCCGGAGCUACUCGAGCAUCACCGUGCCACUCACGGACCUGCUAAAGAAGGAAAAUGUGUGGGAAUGGACGGAUCGAUGUCAAAGGGUCUUCGACCAAUUGAAGCAAGCCAUGACUGAGGAGCCGGUGUUGGCGUUACCCGACCACACCAAACCUUACAAGGAUGGACAUCCGGUGGCGUUCGAGUCUCGAAAGUUGAACAACAUUGAGCGUCGAUACACCAUCCAGGAGAAGGAGAUGACCGCGGUGGUGCACUGCCUUCGGACGUGGAGACACUACAUCCUGGGAUCGAAGUUCGUCGUGAGGAUGGACAAUGUGGCCACGAGUUACUUCCAGACCCAAAAAAAGUUGAGUCCGAAGCAAGCUCGAUGGCAGGAUUUUCUAGCAAAGUUCGACUAUGCGUUGGAGUACAAGCCAAGGAAGGCCAACUCUAUGGAAGACGCGCUGAGUCGAAAGAUGGAGCUGAUGAGUCACACUGUGAGUCGACUGAGCUGUCCUUGGGUUGAUCGCAUCAAGGAGGGGUUGACGCAUGAUCCAAAAGCUCAAGCCCUCAUCGGGUAUGCCAAGGAGGGGAUCCGCCGCACAUUGGCCCUCAUCAAAGAUCGGUACUAUUGGCCACAAAUGCGUGAUGACAUGGAGGCGUAUGUGAAGACUUGUUUGGUUCUCAAAGUAUGCAACCUUUGUGCUUACGACAAAGGAUUGCCCGGCCGAGGAGGCAGCCAAACUGUUUAUGAAGCACAUGGUGAAGUAUUGAGGAGUGCCACAAAUGAUCGUGAGCGAUCGAGAUCCCCACUUCACGAGACGUUUUUGGUCCAAGUUGUUCAAGCUGUUGGGGUUGGAGCUGAACAUUUCAACGAGUUUGCAUCCCCAAACCGACGGUUAGACGGAGCGGGUCAAUGCUCUCUUAAAGAUCUACCUCCGACACAAUGUGAGCACGAUGCAAGUCAAUUGGGUGAAGUUGAUCGACGUAACCCAGUUCUUCUACAACUUGCAACGGAGCGAGUCGACCGGCCAGAGUUCGUUCAAGGUUGCAAUUGGGCAGCAACUGAACACCCUGAGCACAAUUGCUUUGGGUUACUGGGAGAGUAG